AAAGAUCCUGCAGGGUUCAUCGAUGAUCUGAAUAAGGAUCAUUCUAUCCGACACGUCGUUUUGACCACUUGCGAUUGGGAUCUGUACAAGAUCGGCCAAGACCUCAAGACUGCCUGGGAAGCUCGACCUGAAGAUGCCAAAUUCAACGUCGUCUGCACCAGGCAUUUUGACAUGGAUCACGUCUUGAGGGAGCUCUCGGACAUUUUCGUGACCGUCAACGUGUCCAUGAUUGGUCUGGGAAAACAUGUUUCUACAUAUCUGGAGCACAAUCGACAGGUUACUGUUUCUGCCAUGAAAGACAAGACUAAAAAAGAGGCUCUGGGCGGUAUCAAAAUUGACAGCUUCACCCCUUUCUUCCCUGCCGCACUUGGGACCAACGAGAAUGACGCUCUUUUCAAGCUCAGCGAACAACGGUCCAAAGAUGACGUGAAGCUGGAUAUCGCCGUGAUUCAAUGCUCUUUCUGGGAUGAUGUGCACAGGAACCUUUCGGGUAUAUUCGCCGAUCUGGAGAGACAUUUCGAAGCCGAUCCGACUGCCUGGGGAUACAGGCCCAUCACAGCAGAUGUCGACUAUUAUGAACCGAUUCCGGACCAUCCCUCACGAUUCCAGCUCUAUUUCCUGGGGGCGAGUAAACCUCCGUUUGAAUCGAAAUGGAAGGAAGUCGUGGGUGUUCGACAGAACCUCAAGUACUCCUUAUUCUAUGGAGCCCUGAACGCAGCAGACAUUGUCCUUCCAUCGUUCGGAACUGCGAGGUACGACAUCAGUCGAGCGAGCAGUACAAUGGGCGUAGCUGCCAGUGCGAGUGUGAGUCCUCAACUCGCUGGUUCCGCUCUCCAGGUGAAUUGCUCAAAAGCUGAUCAUCUUCCUUUUGGGCCACGACAGGCACCGUUGCUCGUUCCACAGAGCUAUAUCGACGCGUACGGGUACCUAUGUCCAGCAUUUGGAGUCCUUCGAAAAGACGGACUCUCUGAGAUUGAUUACGUCGCUGAAGUCAGACGUGGCGCUAUACCUUGGGAAUCCAGGCGAUCCCGAGAAGAGGCGUUAUCACGUUGUCAGGAGGAUUGGACAGCCAAGAACAUGUACGUGCUGUCCAGGCUUUUUGGGCUAUUAUAGACGGGGGGGGGGGGGGGGGUAAUGGGCGAAGAGGGAUAGAUCUAACUUUGGGGGGCAUUUUCAACUGGGCAAAAGUAUGAUUCAU